AAGGAAGGAGGGAGGGAGGCGGCGGCGGCGGCGGCGGCGGCGGCGAGCGAGGGAGGGGGCACAGGAGCAGAGUCAGCUCAGCCCCGCGGCGACUUCGGGGGCGCCGACACACGGGGCCGCGGCCGAGAUUGAAGUGAGUGAAUUCAGAUAUAAUUCAAGCUUGUUAGAGGGCUUAAAAAAAACGUUGAUCCGGUGCAUGAGAGCAAGUUAACUCCUGCUGCUUACCAUUCAGAGACUCACAGGUGCUUGCCUGAAAUUGCAAUAAAGGACUCAUAUAUUGAGCAAGACUUAUUUAUCUCUUCAUUUUGGAGAGCCUCAUAAACUGUUAUUACAGUUUCUCUACUGACUUUGAAAAGUUUUGAAGUUUGAAAGAGACACCUUUGCAGUUAACAAAGCAUGAGCACAGCCAGAACAGAGAACCCUGUUAUAAUGGGUCUGUCCAGUCAGAAUGGUCAGCUGAGGGGCCCUGUGAAGCCCAGUGGUGGCCCUGGAGGAGGGGGCACACCGACACAGCAACAGAUGAACCAGUUGAAAAACACCAACACAAUCAAUAAUGGCACCCAGCAGCAAGCACAGAGCAUGACCGCCACUAUCAAACCUGGUGAUGACUGGAAAAAGACUUUAAAACUCCCUCCAAAGGAUCUAAGAAUCAAAACUUCGGAUGUGACCUCCACAAAAGGAAAUGAGUUUGAAGAUUACUGUUUAAAACGGGAGUUGCUAAUGGGAAUUUUUGAAAUGGGCUGGGAAAAGCCCUCUCCUAUUCAGGAGGAGAGCAUUCCCAUCGCUUUAUCUGGUAGGGAUAUCUUAGCUAGAGCAAAAAAUGGAACAGGCAAAAGCGGUGCCUACCUCAUUCCCUUACUUGAGCGGCUGGACCUGAAGAAGGACACUAUUCAAGCUAUGGUGAUUGUUCCCACUAGAGAACUUGCUCUCCAGGUCAGUCAGAUUUGCAUCCAGGUCAGCAAACAUAUGGGAGGGGCCAAAGUGAUGGCGACCACAGGAGGAACCAACUUACGGGAUGACAUAAUGAGGCUUGAUGACACAGUACAUGUGGUGAUCGCUACCCCUGGCAGAAUCCUGGAUCUUAUCAAGAAAGGAGUAGCAAAGGUUGACCAUGUCCAGAUGAUAGUAUUGGAUGAGGCAGAUAAGUUGUUGUCACAGGAUUUUGUGCAGAUUAUGGAGGAUAUUAUUCUCACACUACCUAAAAAUAGGCAGAUUUUACUAUAUUCCGCUACUUUCCCUCUUAGUGUACAAAAGUUCAUGAAUUCCCAUCUGCAAAAACCCUAUGAAAUUAACCUGAUGGAGGAACUAACUCUGAAGGGAGUGACCCAGUACUACGCAUAUGUAACAGAGCGCCAAAAAGUACACUGCCUCAAUACGCUUUUCUCCAGGCUUCAGAUAAACCAGUCCAUCAUUUUCUGCAACUCCUCUCAGAGAGUUGAAUUACUGGCCAAGAAGAUUUCUCAGCUGGGUUAUUCUUGCUUCUAUAUCCAUGCUAAAAUGAGGCAGGAACAUAGAAAUCGUGUCUUUCAUGAUUUCCGAAAUGGCUUAUGCCGUAAUCUUGUUUGCACUGAUCUGUUUACCCGAGGUAUUGAUAUACAAGCUGUGAAUGUGGUAAUAAACUUUGACUUCCCAAAGCUGGCAGAGACCUAUCUUCAUCGUAUUGGAAGAUCAGGUCGCUUUGGUCAUCUUGGCUUAGCCAUCAACUUGAUCACAUAUGAUGAUCGAUUCAACCUGAAAAGUAUUGAGGAGCAACUGGGAACAGAAAUUAAACCUAUCCCAAGCAACAUUGACAAGAGCCUGUAUGUGGCAGAAUACCACAGCGAGCCUGUAGAAGACGAGAAACCGUAACAAGCACGCUUUGACAAACUGCAAAAGGCUCCUUGGAUCUGUGACACAUCAUUUGGGGGGGGGGGUGCUCUUCUCUUUGUGGGUUUUUUCAUCUUUAUUUUGGAACUAUGAAGAGUUAUAUGAGAGCUCAGACAUUUUUCUUUUUUUUUUUAACUGGUAAAGAGAAAAUGAGAAGAAGAAGAAAUAGACGUUUUUUGUUCCACUUGUUUGCACUGUGUGCUGACUGAACAUUCGUUGCACUAACUGCUGGUUUUUAAAGAUGUUUUCUGGGGAAAGGGGACACGAAAAGAGGAAAAAGAAAAGGAGGGAGAAACCCUGAAAAGAGAAGAACCUUGGUGACCACACACACCUGUCUACAAUUCUCCAAUAGUUGACUCUACUGCAUUUCAACUUCUCCCUGAUUAGUCAUCCGUUUUUUAAGCCUGAAGAGCUUAUUACUUAUUUGUGCGAAGUGCCUUAUGCUACGAGACCAUUAAGAAUAUCAUCUUUACACACAGCCCAAGGAAUCAACAAAGUCAUGUUCUAUUUUCUUUUCUUUUCUCUUUUUUUUCUUUGCCUGUUCAUUUUUGUUUCAAGUUGAAGUCUCUUCCUGUUGUACCAGUCCUCAUGCCCAGGGCCGGAAGGUGGACUAGUGAUGGUAGCGCCAUUUUUCUUUUCUUUAUAUGGAGGAGUUGAUUCACAACUGCAGUCCAUCCACACUGUAAAUACAUGUAUUUAAAAAAAAAAAACAAAAACAAUACCAAGUAAAAUUUUCUUCUGGGCUGAGUAGACGCACCAUCGUCGCUCCCAAAGGAAAGAGCAGCCUCUCACUGCAGGAGCCGUAUGACAAGCCUCUGCUCUACAGCAGACCACCACCCUGGCUCUCACACCUCCAUGAGCAGUGUGGCACUUGACGUGGAGACGUGUCAGAGCCUUGACCCUCUUUCCUCUGUGGCAAAGCGCGUCCCGUAGAAAAUUGGAUGUGUAUACUUGUAUAAACUUUGUAAAUAAGUUUUUUUUCUGGGUUCAUAUAUAUAUAUAUAUAUAUAUAUACAUAUAUAUAUAUUAUUUUUUU